UCGAAUCUUCGAUUGGCUCUUCGUUGCGGUCAACGUCACACGUCACGCCCCGGGGCUCUGGGCUCUUUCAAGAUCGCCCUGGCGUCACUCAAAGAAACCACUCUUCCAACUCUAUUAUAACCCUUCGUUUUCAUCCUGUUUGCUGUCGUUAAGUGUGCGCUACUUUUAGCUGAUUAUCGUAUUGUAUUGUUGAGUUAUACACUCCCAUACUCUCCCACUACCGUACAGCUCAGCUCCCCGCAUUCGUCCCCUACCGAAUCUUCUACGUCAUUCGAGUACCCCCCUCCAAACUGGUCUUAAAGACACCACUCUUACCUCUCGCGCAACACCACGUCCAAACUUUAAAGUAUUAAUAAUACCCUUCAAUUGGUGUUUCUUAGCCCGAAAUUUCCAUUUCCAUACUAUAGGGCACAAUGGUUGCGGAAACGAAGUUAUAUGACUCCCUCGGAGUCAAGCCCGAUGCUUCCCAAGACGAAAUCAAAAAGGCCUACCGGAAGGGAGCCUUGAAAUAUCACCCAGAUAAGAAUAAGGAUGAUGCGAAGGCUGCAGAUCGGUUCAAAGAGGUCUCCCAAGCAUACGAAGUCCUAUCCGAUCCGGAAAAACGAAAAGUAUACGACCAAUUUGGCCUCGAAUACCUCCUCCGCGGCGGACCCCCGCCAACAUCAGGCGGCGGUGCAGGCCCCAAUCCCUUCGAAGGAGGCGGCAUGCCCGGUGGAUUCUCAUUCGGAGGGAUGCCAGGCGGCGGCGGCGGUGCCCGCACGUUCCACUUUUCAUCACGGCCUGGUGGUGGUGGCGGCGGCCCUGGCGGAGGCGGAUUCCAGUUCAGCUCUGCGGACGAUAUCUUCCGGAACUUCGCCAAGGCGAGCGGUGGCAUGGGUGGAGGAUUUGACGACGAUGAUAUAUUCUCCAUGCUAGGCGGUGGCUUUGGUGGUGGUGGUGGUGGACGCGGCGGAGGUCCCCGGUUCCGAAGCAGUCGUGGGCCUAGUAAUGGUGGUGCUGGGUUUGGCCGACAGUCGUCUCAACGGGCGCCGACACCCGAACCGACCGUUGUUGAGAAACAAUUGCCGCUGACACUGGAAGAGAUUAUGAGUGGGUGUUCGAAGAAGGUGACGGUUAAGAGCAAGACGUUCGAUGCGAGCGGGAAACGUACCGUGCAAGAUGUGACGCUGGAAGCGAACAUCAAGCCUGGGUUGCGAACUGGUUCGAAGAUUAAGUAUCGCGGUGUCGGUGACCAGGAAGAAGGUGGUCGACAGGAUGUCCACCUCAUUGUUACAGAGAAAGAACACCCCAACUUCAAACGCCACGGCGAUCAACUAAUUACAACAGUCGACCUCACUCUCAAAGAGGCUCUCACAGGCUGGAGUCGUAUCGUCCGCACCAUCGACGGCAAAUCGAUCAAGGUGUCGAAACCUGGCCCAACAGCGCCUGGUUUCGAGGAGAGUUUCCCAGGUCUCGGAAUGACGAUAUCAAAGAAACCAAGUGAGCGAGGCGAGCUGAUUGUCCGCGCUAAUGUCGAAUUCCCCAAGACGCUGUCAUCCAGUGCAAAGGAGGUGCUAAAGGAUGUUCUUCCUUGAUUCAAUACAAGCAGAGACUUGGGUUUGAUUGCAUUCGACUAUGGGUGAUGGCUUUGCGUUUAGUCGGUACAUACUUAUACCUAUUUUCAGCAUUGUUGGCGUUAGGAUGAAUAUUGUGGGCCGUGGUUUACAUUUUCUUGUUUUAUUUCUUGUUUAUCCGUGAUGAUAAUGAUUACCCAUGAUGGGACUGUUAUUGAACAUGUCCUUCCCAGCUUUAUUCAGUGCAUAGAACAAAGGAAAAAGUUGUUCAUAUUUAUUGUUUGCUAUCAGUAACAGAGUUUGUAGCUCCCAUCAUGUGUCUUGGACAUUGAAUAGGCCUGUAUAUUAGUCACAGAAAUGUAUGUAGAUAAGUUCAUAGUAUAGUAGUUAUAGCAUAUUUCCUUACUUGAAGGAGAUAGUGAGCCAUCAAAC